AUGGAUAACAGUUACCGCGUUGUCCGAACGGUAGAAGCUGUUGGUUCAGCGCCGACAACUGACAUGCAUGAGUUUCGCUUGAUAAACAACGGGAAAUCAGCAUUGGUCACAAUCUAUCAGGCUCGGCCGUACGAUCUAUCUGAAUAUGGCAUUGGCCCCGGUCUCGGGUGGAUCCAAGAUAGCGUCUUCCAAGAAAUCGAUGUUGAAACGGGGGAGCUGAUCUUCGAGUGGAGAGCUCUAGAUCACAUCGCCCCGAGCUUUUCAUAUACUUGCAUAGAUUGCACCGAUACGAGCGGGAAUGGACUCAGCAGAGACACGCCCUGGGACUACUUCCAUAUCAACUCUAUCGACAAGAACAAAGAAGGCGAUUAUCUGAUCUCAGCACGCCACGUAGCUGCUGUCUAUAAGAUUUCAGGGGUGGACGGGCAAGUGUUUCAGCAUCAUGCUCUCUGGGUUCAGGAAAAUGCUACCCACACUACGAUUUCACUUUUCGAUAACGCGAGCAACACUUUCAACAUCACCAACAGGGAGUCUCGUGGCAUGCUUAUUGGCAUCAACCACAUCGACCAAACGGCAACCGAACUCCGUGAAUGGUUGGCGCCAGAAGAGGAUGGCAUAUUAGCUGGCUCGCAGGGGAAUCUACAGCUACUGCCAGACCGAAACGUCUUCAUUGGCUGGGGAGACCAUGCCUUUUAUUCAGAGCACCUUGACACUGGAGAAACUGUCAUGUACGGGAAGGUAGCUUUCUGGGGCUCGGACGUCAUGAAUUAUCGAUGCAACAAGUAUCCCUGGGUGGCAAAUCCACUCACCGCACCUUCACUCUGGGUGUAUUCAAGGACUGGGACAAACUCUUCCAACCUAGUGUUCUACGUCUCCUGGAAUGGGGCAACGGAAGUCUAUACGUGGAAAUUCUACACAGCCGAUUCCUCUUCUGGUCCUUUCGCUCUAUCAGGUACGAAGACGAAGUUUGGAUUUGAGACACAACACCACGUCCCCUUCAUGAAGGAGUGGUCUUUUGUAGAAGCAAUGGAUGCCAAAGGAAAGACUCUAAGGCGUUCGAGCGUUGUUAGGACGUUUGUUCCGUCGGAGACAAUACGUUCCGGUUGUGAUCGCUGGGGUUGCGACCCAGUCCCUCCACUUGAGAAAGGCGAAGAAUUCGACAAGACCGUGCCCAAUACCCCCAAUCGAGGUCGAAACUACACCCGAGGAUAUGACACCGCUCGAUACUACCCAGUGAAUCCCUCGCUAUCCAGAUUAGCAAUGCCCGAAAUGGCGGCCCCGUUGCGACAAUUUGCAUUCAUCCUCAUCUGCAUUCUAUUUUUCUUUGGUCGGCGAAAAAUGUUGAGAAUGGUCUCAGCUUGCCAUGAAUUAUUCACAACAAAAGUUCUAGAUUGGGAUUCUACAGAAACAUCAGGAGGGUCUUUCCACUUGUCCUCGAGGUAUCGAAAGUUGGAAGCAGAUGAUGCUUUGUCAUGA